GCAGGCCUAGGUCGCUUUGUGUUUACCCUUCUUACCGUUAGACGACAAACAUGCCGACAGUCGCUGUAGACAAGGAGGAGCUUUGGGAACGUCUUGGCAACAAGUAUGCUCCCGAUGAAUUCGAUCGCCUGCUCUUCGACUUCGGUCUCGAACUUGACGAGGACACCACCGAGGAAGUAGAAGCUUCGAGGAAGCAGGGCUUGCCCGCGGGACGUCCGCAACUUAAAAUCGAAGUUCCUGCCAACAGAUACGACUUGUUGUGCAUUGAAGGUAUUGCCCGCGCACUCCGCGUUUUCCUGGGCAAGGAUCGCCCGCCAACGUACAAACUCGUCUACCCACCCGGUGGCGAGGAUGCUCUCAUUACUGCAACAAUCACACCUGAGACGAAGCGAAUAAGACAGUUCUUUGGUUGUGCCAUUCUGCGCAACAUCAAGCUCACAGAGCAUUCUUACGAGUCCUUCAUUGACCUUCAAGAUAAGCUCCAUCAGAAUAUAUGUAGACGUCGGCAGUUUGUUGCCAUCGGUACCCACGACCUCGACACCUUGAAACCACCUUUCAGCUACGAGGCUCUGCCACCAAAAGACAUCAAGUUCGUUCCCCUGUCGAAGACGAAAGCAUACACUGCAGAGGAGCUUAUGACAGUAUAUGAGUCAGAAAAACACCUCGCGCGGUAUCUUCCUAUCAUUAAGGAUUCCCCAGUAUACCCGAUCAUCUAUGAUUCGACUCGCACUGUCGCCUCGAUGCCUCCAAUCAUUAACAGCGAACACAGUAAAAUUACGCUCAACACUCGCAACGUCUUCAUCGAUAUCACUGGUACCGACGAGACGAAGCUGAACAUUGUACUCAAUAUUAUGGUUGCCAUGUUCUCAGAGUAUUGCGAGAAACCUUUCACCAUAGAACCUUGCAAGGUCAUAUAUCCAGACGGCACCAAACGCGUUUACCCUGAUCUUACAUAUCGUACUAUGACCGCCCACGCAUCAUAUGUCAACUCGUGCGCGGGACUGUCUGUAAACUCGACGGAGCUUGCCAGCCUGCUCGAGCGCAUGACACUCUCUGCUGUGCAGGACACAGCAGAUCCUGAUAAGGUUGCCGUGCAAGUCCCCCCGACACGUCCAGAUAUCCUGCACGAGUGCGAUUUGAUGGAGGAUGCUGCUAUUGCCUACGGUUUCAACAACCUUCCAGACACCUUCCCACCAACAAGCACCGUCGGACAGCCGCUCGAGAUCAGCAAACUGAGUGACAUCGUUCGCAAGGAGUGGGCCAUGGCAGGGUUUGUCGAAGUGCUUCCUCUCAUCCUUUGCUCACACGAAGAGAACUUCGAGUGGCUCAACCGCAAGGACACCGGUGACAUCGCUGUCCGCAUUGCGAAUCCGAAGACGCUUGAGUUCCAGGUCGUGCGGACCUCUCUUCUCCAGGGUCUCCUGAAGACCGUUAGGGAGAACCGUUCACAUACACUGCCGAUCCGAGUAUUCGAGUCUACCGAUGUUGUUUUCAAGGACAGCAAGCGUGAGCGCCAGGCGAGAAAUAUUCGACACGCCGCCGCAGUAUGGUGCAACAAGACGGCCGGCUUCGAGGUCGUGCACGGCCUGCUUGAUCGUGCAAUGCAGAUGCUUGACGUUCCGCACAUUGUUAGUACGGAUAAGAAUGCGCCAACGGGAUACUAUAUCAGGGAGCGAGAAGAUCCUACCUUCUUCCCGGGACGUGCGGCGACCAUCUACUACCGCCGCCCGCGCCAGCACGACCGUUCCGCUCUCGAUGUUCUCAAGGAGGCAUUCACACACCCAGACGACGAGGAAAUCGGCGUUCUCGGAAUUCUGCAUCCAACCGUUCUCGAGAAAUUUGAGAUCUCGUACCCCUGUUCUGUGGUAGAGUUCAACCUAGAGCCGUUCGCGAAGGUCACGCAUAAUAUCUGGUCGAACAAGGAGUGAUCGCCUUAGAGAACAGAGUAAUGUGCGGAAAAGCUGUAGCCAUAUAUACUAUCUCCAUGUGCAAAGAUUCCGCUCCAUCUGACUGAGGACGCAUGCAGCAGUGAAUGCGGUCUUCAACAUAUCGUAUCAGGGUUUCUUUUGAAGCAGCGCAAGAGCGUGCUGACCGCCACAGGAGCCCAUGACUGCCCUCCAACUGCCUUCCUUCCUCACAAUUGCUGUAGGGGUCUUCAGCAUCUCUUCGUCUCCAGCGCCGAGCUCACUCUGCGAGCCUUCUCCCCACAUGUAAAGCGCCCCACUUUGUGUGAUGGUCAUGCUGGUUCUAGUGCCAGCGCUGAUCUGCACGACUGGGUCGUCCUCGGGGUCGUCGGGAAGCGUGACGGGUGCGGGCUUGUCCAAGAAGUCGGGGAACGUUCUCUCACGGAACGCCUCGUCGUCGUCGGCCAGGCCGAGCUGUCCACCGAUGGACAAUCCACACGCAAAGACCCGUCCGCGAGACGUGAGGAAGAGCGUAUGAUCGUCGCCUCCCGAGAUCUGGACAACGCUCUCAUCGUCCCCAAGCUCUGCGGAGCUGAGUCCAACGACCUUCUGCGGGGUGUGCACCUCGCGGUCAUCACCCGCUCUGAGCCCAGUGCCGGUCUGGCCAGUGUAAUUCGCGCCCCAGCCCCACACGGCGCCGUCGGUGUCGACGGCAAAAGACGUGUAGCUGCCAGCGCCGACGCACACGGCCCUGUUCGCGCGCGUGCCGACUACGAUGCGCUCGGGCGUCGUCGCGGUCAGCUUAUGGCGCGUGAGCACUUUGCGCCCAAGCUGUCCACGUUCGCCCGUCCCCCACGUGUAGAUGUUUCCGUGUGUCGUAAGGACGACGACGUGAUCGUUGCCCGCCAUGACGUCGACGAAUCGCUCGGCUUCGCCGGGCUUGGACAUCAGGUUAACCACCGGGAUGGGCUGGUACUGGUGCUUCUGCGUCCCGGAGAAGCCAAGGAGGCCCUCCAUAGCCUAUCCAAGCUAUCAGCUCGCCAUUGUCAGACGUGC